CAUCUUAGGGGCGACGGGAGCCGCCGGGGCCCAAGCGGCCUUCCGCUGUGUGCGCCAUGGGGUCGUCGGAGCCUUGUCGGCGGCUGGAGGAGGUGCUCGGCGCUCUAUACGACCUGGGUGACGAGCCCCGCGUCCGGGGUGCGACGGAAGACAGCGAGGCUAAUGAGGAGGAGGAGAAGGAGGAGGAGGAGAGCCGGGAAGCGCAGCCCGCAGCCCCGAGCGAUGCCGGCGGGGCGGACAGAGAGCGGCGCAGCGCCCGAGGGUUCUUCGGGGGGCUGCGGGAGGAGAUGCUCCGCACCGCCACAACGCCGCCCCCCACCCAGGUGGAGGUGGUGGUGUUCAGAGCCAGGAAGAGGAAAGCGAGGCCCGGCCCCGCUCCGGCUGCACCCGGAGACGGCACCCAGAACUCAACAGUGGCUGAAAAGAAAAAUGUGAACAAGCAAGAAUUUAACUUCGAAAAAGCUCGUUUGGAAGUGCACAGGUUUGGAAUCACUGGCUAUGAGAAGCAGGAACAGCGUAUAUGGGAACGGGAACGUGCAAUCAUGCUGGGAGCCAAGCCUCCCAAAAAGGAACACAUCAACUACAAGAAAUACCAGGAGAAAAUGAAGGCGAAGAAAACAACAGAGGGUGAAGAUAAGGGACAGGUACAUAAAGGUGGUUCUCUGAAGAAGAAGAAAGUCUUGAAGGAGAGGAAGACCAAAAGGAAGAGAUCGGUGCCUAGCAUUUGGCCUGCAGGACAAGUUGGAAAAUUCAGAGAUGGGACCUUGAUUCUACAAAGCGGUGACAUAAAGAAAAUUAAAUCAACUAAAGUUAUCAAAUAAACUUACGAUACCAAAUGAAAUGGACAAAAAGCGUUAAGACAGAACUCUUGUUGCCACCUGAAGAGACUUAGGUAACCCCUUGCCCUGCCACCAUGUCCUUAUGGACAUUCAUUUACCUUAUUUUUUGUUGCAGGGUUUUCUAUCUCCUAUUUGUUCUUGGGGGAUGUGACAAUUUGCCAUUUUAUAAAUAAAAAGUAGACUUUAUAGUAAUAAAGAAGGUUACAUGGGAUGCUUUUA